AUGGCUUCACGACUCUCAUCAUCGGAUGUCUCCCGCGAUGGGUCAGAAGAAUGGGAAGAGGAAGGCCUCAUACAAGCUGGCAAGAGCUUGAAGUUGAGAAAAGCUCAAACACCGGCGAAUGAAGCUGUGGAAUACAUCCGAGAGCAAAAGUUCGAAUCAGCGCUAUUCAGCUAUACACCAUACAUGGGCUUUCCCACCAAUGAGACAGACAAGCUAUGGGAGAAUCUGUAUGAUUCACUUGCCGUCUCCAAGAUCUCGAAAUCAGAAGCAAAGCUGCUUCAUCAUCCCACGUUGCGAAUUCCUGGAACCGAGGACUACCUGGUUCAAUUAGACGUCUUCCACCAACUACACUGUCUCGAUGAUCUUCGAAUGCUGUUGUAUCCCGAGCGAUUUCCAGGAUUGGAGGAGCUGAAAGAUGAGAGCGGGGUGAUAAACAGAGACGGUCACGAGUUCCGGCAUUGGGUAUCUCCAGACCACUGCAUCGACGCCCUCCGGCAAACAAUAAUGUGCCACUCCGACGUCUCGCCCGUGUCCUGGCACCUCAACAUGCCCAAGCGCAAUGUCAUCAUCCCACAGCUCUCAACGACACACACUUGUCGCAAUUUCACCAAGAUCCAAGAAUGGGCGAUGGAGAAUUCGGCGGGUGACUGGAAUUAUAUGGUGGAUAGUAAGGAGGCCGCGGAUGAGAUUCUGAGGACCGCCGGCUUUGAUCAGGCGCCUGAUGAGGAUAUGGGGAGUCAGUAUGAUAAGUUUCCGGGGGAUCCGUUUUUCAAGUAUUGGAGGGAUCAUCCUGAGGAGGCUGCUGAGGCGAGGAAGAAGGCAGGUUUGGAUUGA